ACAGGAACUUUUUGUCUGCCUUCAAGAUGAAACUUAGGUGAACACCGUUUCUCGACAUGCCCGAUCCGAAUAUCGCGGUCUCCCGGCUUGAAUCGUUGCGAGGAAAAAGCAGGUAGUUUUCAUAUGACAUUUUCUAUUGGAAUGUCCACGAUACCAGCUGCUGUGGAAUACUUUUAAUAAAGACUGGUCUGCUCUAGCUCCGAAUGCUUCCUUCUUUCAAAUACUCUGUUUCUGCAAAAAAUUGAUAACCUUGAUUGUUCUCAACUGUGUAAUCUACAUCGACUUGUCACAAACUAUGUUAAAAAUACUAAACAAUUUUAGAUAACCAAAUGUACCUUGUUCUAUAUCUUUCUUCUCUCAGGACUGUUGUGUUCUGUAUCUUUUUUCUUUUGCUUAAAAACAUUAUUGUCUUCCUCGUGUGUUUUUAUCAAACAGUAUAGAGAUCUUUGCAGUUUUCUUCAUGUUAUAAACAGUCAGAAUGAUGUAAUGGGUUCGCCUCUUGCUUUUUACUGUUUAUUAUACCAUUAUAUAUUCUCUCUUUUUCUUUUUUUUUCCUUUUAAUAAAGCUUAUACCAACAUCGCGUUUAUCCUUUCCUUUCUGUUCUUCGCGGAGUGCCAUAUCAUCGUACAUAUGAUGCGUUGGUAAUUUCCACAAUCCCAACGAAAUACAACUGGGAUUUAUAAAUGGAGGGAUCGUCAUAUGAUAGAGCGAAAUCCUUCUAAAGUCAGUUCUGUACCCUUCACGCUAAUCUCUAUCCAUUAGGUACUGUAGUAUUGAAUCAUUCAUGGCGUAAAGACAAUAUUUUCCGCAGUGAGUCAUCGUUCUCACUUGGUUUAUUUACUUUACUUGACCUCAUCGUGUGCAGAUCAUAUUCUGGCAAAGAAAAAUCAGGAAAAUGCUAGACGAAAAGACUAUCACAGUCGUUCGAACGUUCACUCUUGUGUCAUCAAUAAGGAAAAAUAUACUUGCGCAACAUUUUUCCAACUGCUAGUAAUAGGCCAUCUUUGGAAUAAUCCGUAGAUUUUCACGAAUAAAUAGAAACUCACGUCUCUUGAUCAAGGAGUCUACGUUUAAUUGUUGAGCUCGUGUAGCUGUUGAUUGCAUUCUGUUUGAUUGAUUUUAGGUCUAAACUCAAUUUGGACAAUCGUAUUCUCGUCAAGUGCUUAUUACGAGCCUGAGACAUAAAAGUCCCUGAUCACGUUCAACGAGAUAUUAACUCAAUCAUCGAUGAUAUUGGAACUCGUCUGUCAGCAGAGCGUCGGGAAGCUUUGCGGCAAACCUUUCUCCGCAGUAUUGAUGAACUUUUUGAAGAACCGAAAUCAUGGCGAUCAUUUCUUCCUAAGGUCUUGACGUCUCAAGAAAAUAUAUCACCAUCGAUUAGUUCAUCUGUGCUGCGUGGACGUGAAGGCAAAUGGCGCAGUUCUGGCACUACGUGGGAACAAUUCCAUUGUGAACCAGGUACUAUUGCGCAGUGUUUGGAGAACGCGAAAUUAGAAGUGGCGAAGAGGGCAGCGAAAAUUAUUGAUGUCAUGCGCCGAUUCUUCAAGCGAAAAGAGCCUACUGAACCCAACGCUACGAAUCCUACGCCAUGCGAUGAUAAUGCCAAAUCCGAUUCGGACAAAUUCAAACUCAUAGAAGAUCCGAUCCCCGCUGAUGCGUCAACACAAUCAGACAACAAUAAGAGAACUCAUGCGAAUGCAUAUGUCAGGCCUGCCACUGCCAGUGUUGCCCAAGCUAGCGUAGAAGCUGCUACUACGAAUACGUCGGCAAGCGCUGUUGGUGACAGUGCUAGUGUUUGCAAUGCCAAUGCGCGAGUCGCCACAGCAAGUGCUCAUGCAGCAACUACCGCUGCCUCCGCUAAUAUUGCCAAUGUAUCGGCUCAGGCUUUGUCAGCUAAUACUUCGGUUUCUGCAAGUGGAGCCACAGUGAAUGCUGGCAAUACAUCAGCUAAAUUCGCCACUGCUGAUGCGCAUGCCGGUGUUCAUGGAGUCGAAGUCAACGUUGGAAAUGUCAGCGCCAAUGGUUGUACAGCGAGCGCUUCAGCAGACAUCGGACUUACUGUAUCCGCUUUCAAUGCAAGCUUUAGUCCUUUCAGUGUUCAUGUCGAUGGUAAUCCGUUUCAUAUCUCUUUUGGCAACGUUGGCUUUGGAGGAAUUACUAUCGGUUGGCCAAAUCCACUGAAUUUGUUCAAUCUAGGAACUGGUGGUGGUGGUGGCGGCGGCGGCGGCGGCGCUGGUAGUGAGGGUACCAACCAAGGUGACAUCGCUUCGACUGGAAAUGGUAACCCUCCGUCAGGCGCGAAUGGACAUUGCGAGAGUUCUGGUCAUUCAAAUUCGAAUCUUGUUUCGCAAGGAUCGAGCCAAGCCACAGCGAACACCGGCAGCCCGCCUGGAAAUUUCAUCCAGCAAGUCGUUUCAGCGGUGGGAACAUGCGAAAGUAAACUUUCUGAUCGUAUGCCUAAUUGGCAUUACAGUGGAAACGGAAACGUUUAUCGCAAUGGAGAAUUAAUCAAGACUAAGAAUAUUAAGCGGUACAAACAACCAAAAAAUGCCCCUUACAAACACGUAGAACGUAAUUCCGUUCCCGGUGCUGACGGAGACAGUAAUCUUGAUCCUAUUGGUGUUCCGGGUAGUCGAGGUGAAGCACGGCAAGUGUUGGAAACACAUUUUCCGGGAGAAGUCAAUCGAGAAUAUCAUGAUACGGAUAGUUGUAACAUUUGGCUCAUGACUAUGGCCAAUCAACUGCAAGAUAUACACCAUGUCACUGGAAUUAAUAGUGAUAAUCUUGGACAAAAUCUUCCAGUUCUUCUCCCACCAUCAGAUCACGUCCUUCUGGUUAGUAUGAAAAGUCAUGGCGACCAUCAUUUUGCGGUAACAGGUCAUGGUGAUCAAGUAAUGAUCACACAUGCUUGGCAAGGUGAUCAUCAACUUCGCAACGAACCUUUAAUGCAUCGAGAUCAAUUUGUCAACCAAAUGCAAACAUUGAUGAAUCCAAACACCACGCCUAAAAAUCGUCGAGCAGCCAGUCAUGCGUUAUUUCGCGCGCCUGAGCACGAGUCUUUUGGAGUUGAUAUUCCUGCACAGUUCAGCAGUAUGUUCCGGGGACGAUUAGGACCUCCUUUAGUAGCACAUACCAAUACCAAUCGGAGUGCUCCUGGAUUGCAACAAACACCUGAUCCAUCUAUUCAAGCUCGACGUCCGGUAAUCCUACCCAGUUCCCGAGAACUUUCUAACCGUCAAACGAAUGAAGCAGAGCCUGCUGAUCCUGAAGUGACGGGCUUGGUGAGAGAAUAUUUCACAGAAAUCCGUGGUGUCGAUGAAACGGACUAUCAAGACGCGCUGACAUUCGCCACAUCUCCACAAGGUAUUGCUGAACAACAGAAGGAAGAUGAUCAACCAAGAGAACUAUGUCGCUAUUGCGCUCCGAAAGGUCGUCCAUGUUGUUUAACUUGUUUCCUCGGUCGCUCGGGGAGGAAAAUUGUUCCGUUGGGCUCUGGCGGCAACGUUUACGGAUUUUCCAGUUAA